AUAUAUCUAUGUAUAUCUUCCCAGGUCCUGGUCGCACUACACUACCUAGGUGGCGGGUGUCGACUUGGCGCACCUUGUGCGUUUAAGCUACCUUGACGAGAGUGGAGACCUCUACCUUCUGCGUUGUGGCAGAGACUCGGCCCGCACGGCCGUCAGCAACGCGAGUGGUUUUCCCCCACGAUUUCAGUAUCCGAACCCGUCGUUCUCGUAUUCGGGUCUUCGUCGCGCUUUGCAUCCGAGAAAAACGAGGACGCCGCCAACCACGUCCCUCGUAUCAUUUCCUUCCUGCACCACAACCCCCCGCGGGUCCUGAUUACUGUGUGCCCUUACGCCCUCCAAGUGCGCUCAGUUACAUUCAACCGAACGUACAAGGCUCUUAGGUUACCAAGGUUAUUUUGCAGGGCCGCUCCUCUGGUCUCGGGAUUUACGUCGAUUUACGGCGCCCUCGCGUCGGGGGACCCUCUGAUGAGCCCACCCGGUAUGGACAGCCCAAUGGAUGGGUCCGGCGGCUCGUCCUCCGCACCGGGGUCGACUCCGACGGCCACGGCGACGACGCCCGGCGCCGGUGCGACCCUCAGUAUCGCGGUGCCUCAAGGGUCGAUCUCGGCCGCUUCGGUGGCUUCCUCGUCGACGAUCACGCCCGCGGCGGCGACGGCGGGCCGGGGUGUGGGCACACCUGGCGCUGCGAUUGCCGCCGCCGGGGCGGCUGUUGUCUCGCGACGGUCUCACCCUAAAUCAAGGACAGGCUGCAGGACGUGCAAGAACCGGAAGAUCAAGUGCGACGAACAUAAGCCCUCCUGUCGGAAUUGCAUCAAGCACGCAGUUCCUUGCGACUUUCUCCAGUCACAACGCCACUCGUCAUCUUCGAUCCCGCGAUCGCCGGACAGCAUCAUCUCCUCCGGCGGCGCCGAUAACGGCCACGGCUUCGGCGAUGGCCUCGGCGGAGGCGGCGCCGGCGCCGGCGGGGGCAUGAGCGACCUAGAGCUGAACUUGAUCGACCUAGAGCUCAUGCACAACUUCACGACGUUCGCCUUUAACACGCUCUCGACGGACCCUGUGGUGCGGCAGAUGUGGAAGGUGCCCGUCGUGAAGCUGGCGCUCGAGUGCGACUACGUGAUGCGCGCGCUGCUGAGCGUGUCGGCGCUGCACCUGGCGCACAACCGGCCGGAGAAGAGGGAUUUUUUCAUCAGCCGCGCGUUGACGUACCAUCAGAUGGCGAGCCGGACGGCCAUGGGGCUGAUGGGGGCGUUGGAUGGGGAGAACUGCGAAAAGCUGUACUUGUUUUCCGUGUUGACCAUUUUUUUUGCCCUCGCAUGUCCGCGCAAAUCGUCCGACUCCCUCAUCAUGGGCGAGUCCUCCUUCCCAGACUGGAUGUUCCUGCUCCGGGGCACGAAAUCCCUUCUCAAGCUGCUCCAACCGCAAGCCUACACCGGCGCCCUGCUGCCCAUGUUCAACCAUGGCCACGAGCGCUUUCUCCACUCGCGCGAAGAGUCUAGGGCCGAGUCGGAAUUGCUGGUAGACCUGCAGCGGCUCGUGAACAAGACGUGUGCCGACCCGGUCCUGCUGCCGAUCUACAAUCGUGCCAUCGACGAGCUGCGGCGGACACUGUCCGUGUUCCUGUGGGACGGCGGGCGGGGGAUGGACAUCACGGACGCUUUCCUGUGGAAGUACCACAUGGCGGAGGACUUCCUGCCGCUGCUCAAAGUGCCGGGGGCGACACAGGAGGCCGUCGCCAUCUUUUCGCACUUUUGUAUACUGCUCAAGAGGCUGGAGAACGAGUGGUGGUUGCAGGGGUGGGCGACGCACCUGAUCAGCCGGGCGUGGUCGUUACUGGACCAGGAUCACCGGCUUUGGAUACAAUGGCCUAUUGAAGAGUUGGGCUGGGUGCCUCCCUGAGGUGGUGUUGGGUAUCUGGGUAUUCAAGUGCGCGCGUGCGCGCGGCUGUGUAUGUGUGUGUGUCUGUAUGAUGGAAAGGAUUGG